AUUGUUGCUAUUUAACUUAAAAUGCACAGCAUAGCUACAGUAUGGAAGAUUAUUAGAAAUAACUGAGUAAGUAGGCUGUCAUUCUAAGAAAGACAGUUUCAAAUUAAGAGAAUUAUCUUUGGAAUACAUAUGUGUCUUAGCCCUGACUACAUCAAGCUGUUAAUCAUAUUGGCUGGACCCCCCACACUUUGCAUAUGCAUCACACUGCUGCUUUACACACUGUUUGUGGUUCAGUUGUUUUAUUCCACCUUAAUCAGUAUAAAUUUAAUAAUUAGGAUGUUACCAGGGAAGUCAGAAAGGGAAGAUUAAGAUUUCUAGAAAUGUUUAGGUGAGCAUUUCAAAGAGAACAGUAUCUAAAAUAUUUGUUUCUCUCUUUUUUUUUUUUUUUCCAAAUGAAAUGGAGUGGACGCAAAGCCAAGAAAAUAAAUUCCCUUGAGGAGGAAUCAGACACAUAGUUGAACAAACCUGUUAACAUCUUUAAGGUGUUGGGCCCAUACUCCAAUUAUCCAGACUAAGAGACUUCACAUUUGAUCUGAAAAUGUUCAACUCUGCAGACAUGGUCUUUUCACUGGAUAAUUUAUUUUAUGAAAAACCAGAUAUGAGACAAAGGUGUCUGGAAAAUGAAGAUCAUAAGACUUGGUUUAUUGCACCUGCUCCAGCUAUUGCUGAAAUUCCAGCUGCAGAGGAAUUACAGAGGGAACUGGAAAAAAACUCAGCCAACACUCCCAUGGUUUUUGUAGGAGGGAGAAAGCAGGAGAAGUUUAUACAACAAUGUAAGAGUAAGACAGAGAAAGCAGAAGAUAAAUCAUCAGCACCUGUUCAUUUUGGUAUAGCCCCUGAAAAAGAAGUUCUACAAUUAAGUCUAGGAGAAAGAGAUAAAAUUAGUGCUCAGCGUGAAAAUCUGAAAGUGGUUUCAUCUUUUCUUUCCUUUGAUGAAAAUAAAAGAGUAGUAGAUUUUUCUCAGCAAUGGCAAAAUAAAGCAUUCAGUGAAAACAGUGAUGAUGAGAGUGUCCAUUCAACAUUAAGAAAAAGCUUAUUUAAAAAGUCUGGCAAUGUGCAUAAAAAUACAGAAUUUAAAGCUGGUUCUGUUGAUGUGAAAGAAAUUGGUACUUACUUAAAUACAAGUGAAAACAUGAAAGAGGUGACAAAAGAAGGUUUUUUGAGAAAUCACCAUCAUGCUCCAAUAACUAGAGACUCAGAUUUAACUUUGCAUAGCGUAAAUAAUGAAGAGAGUCUGUCUCAAAAUGGAAUUAAAAUUCAAUCAUUUUCUAAUGCUUCAGAGAUUUUGGAUAUGACAGGAACUACAGGAAGAAAAUUGGAAAUUUUGAGGGCUGUUACAGAAAUACCAACCCAAUUUAGAAGUAUUUUUAAGGAGUUCCCAUAUUUUAACUAUGCACAGUCAAAAGCUUUGGAUGAUCUUUUAUAUACAGAUAGGAACUUUGUGAUUUGUGCUCCAACUGGCUCUGGAAAGACUGUAAUGUUCGAACUAGCUAUUACCAGAUUACUAAUGGAAGCUCCACUGCCUUGGUUAAAUAUUAAAGUUGUUUACAUGGCUCCAAUAAAAGCUCUAUGUAGUCAGCGUUUUGAUGACUGGAAAGAAAAAUUUGGACCUAUAGGACUCACCUGCAAGGAGUUGACAGGAGAUACACUGAUGGAUGAUUUAUUUGAAAUACAUCAUGCUGACAUUAUUAUCACUACACCUGAAAAGUGGGAUAGCAUGACUAGAAGGUGGAGAGACAACUCUAUAGUCCAGCUUGUGCGACUGUUUCUCAUUGAUGAGGUACACGUUAUAAAGGAUGAAAGCCGCGGUGCAACUUUGGAAGUUGUAGUCAGUCGGAUGAAAACUAUUCAGUCUUCUCUUUGGCGUCUCUUAGAGAAGCAUGACACUGUUCCUCCCUUGAGAUUUGUAGCUGUUUCUGCAACAAUCCCAAAUACUCAAGAUAUUGCAGAAUGGCUUUCGGAUAGUAAGAUGCCUGCUGUAUGCCUGAAAAUAGAUGAGGAUCAACGACCAGUGAAGCUACGCAAAAUUGUGCUUGGUUUUCCUUGCAGUGACAAUCAGACAGAAUUCAAAUUUGACUUAACUCUUAACUACAAGAUAGCUAGCAUUAUACAAACAUACUCAGAGCAAAAACCAGCACUUGUGUUUUGUGCCACAAGAAAAGGAGUACAGCAGGCUGCUUCUGUUCUUGCAAAAGAUGCUAAAUUUCUACUGAGUAUAGAACAGAAACAAAGAUUACAGGGGUUUGCAAAUUCAUUGAAAGACUCCAAACUGAGAGACCUUUUGACAUAUGGUGUGGCUUAUCAUCAUGCGGGUAUGGAGUUAUCGGACAGAAAAAUAAUUGAAGGCGCUUUUACUGCAGGAGACUUGCCAGUACUUUUUACUACUAGCACCUUAGCUAUGGGAGUCAACCUGCCUGCACACCUCGUGGUUAUAAAAUCCACAAUGCAUUAUGUUGGAGGAGUGUUUCAAGAGUACAGUGAAACUGAUAUUCUGCAAAUGAUUGGGAGAGCUGGAAGGCCUCAGUUUGACACUACCGCUACAGCAGUCAUUAUGACUCGUUGCAGUACCAGGGCGAGAUAUAUACAGAUGUUAAAUGGUGCUGAUAUAAUAGAGAGCAGCUUGCACAGGCACCUUGUUGAACACUUAAAUGCUGAAAUAGUGCUGCAUACUGUCACGGAUGUCAGUGUAGCUUUGGAAUGGAUACGAUCAACAUUUUUGUACAUUAGAGCCUUAAAAAAUCCAACUCAUUAUGGUUUUUCAUCUGGAUUAGAUAAAGUUGGAAUUGAAGCAAAAUUACAAGAACUGUGUCUGAAGAACUUAAAUGAUUUAUCAUCUUUCGAUUUGAUCAGGAUGGAUGAAGCAAAUAAUUUCAAACCAACAGACACUGGAAGAUUAAUGGCGUGGUAUUACAUUGCAUUCAAUACAGUGAAGCAAUUUUUCACAAUUAAGGGAACUGAGACACUAAAUGAAUUGAUUACAAUGAUCUCCAACUGCACAGAAUUUGUGGAUGUGAAGUUAAGAACAAAUGAAAAGAAAAUAUUGAACACUUUGAAUAAAGACAAAGACAAAAUAACUAUCAGGUUUCCAAUGGAGGGGAAGAUAAAAACAAGAGAAAUGAAAGUAAACUGUCUCAUUCAGGCUCAGCUGGGAUGUAUUCCUAUUCAAGACUUCACUCUGACACAAGAUACUGGCAGAAUAUUUAGAAAUGGCUUGAGAGUUACUAGAUGGCUAUCUGACUUUCUGUCAUCAUCUAAGAACAACUUCUCUGCUUUAUUAAACUCCUUGAUUUUAGCAAAGUGUUUCAGGUGUAGACUCUGGGAAAAUUCACUUCAUGUGUCUAAACAAUUGGAAAAAAUUGGUGUAUCAUUGUCAAAUGCUAUGGUAAAUGCUGGGCUGACAUCAUUUAAAAAAAUUGAAGACAUAAAUGCAAGAGAGCUUGAAUUGAUCUUAAACAGACAUCCUCCUUUUGGAAACCAGAUAAAGGAGUCUGUUUUGCAUCUUCCAAAGUAUGAACUUGAAAUUGAACAGCUUCCCAAGUACAGUGACACAUCGGCUGAAAUCUUAGUAACUGUCAAAUUAACAAAUUAUGAGCAGCUCCAGAUAAAGAGAACAGCGCCGGACUUUCACUAUGUUUCGUUGGUCAUAGGAGAUGCUGACAACCAAGUCAUUUUUAAUCAGAAAAUUAUGGAUUCUGUGCUCCUGAAAACUGGAAAUUGGAUGAAGAAAAUUGAAGUUAAAAGAGCUCUUAAAUCAGAAGACAUUAGUAUAAAUUUAAUUAGUUCUGAUUAUGUUGGCCUUGAUAUACAGCGAGCAUAUACAGCCUUCUACUUAACACCAAAACCAGAGGGACAUAAGGUGGUUACAAAUCAAAAAUUGAAAGCUGAAUCUACACUUGAUAUAUGUUAUGGCUCACCCCAAAACUUGCCAACAGCAAAAGCAGAUACAGGAGGCAGAUCUAAACAGGAGAUUGCUUACAAGAAAUAUGGAAACAGAGAAUGCAACCACCGCUGUAAAAAUAAAGAUGUGUGUGGGCAUGACUGCUGUAAAACUGGAGUACCUCCAAAGUCACAGAUGAAUGGAGACACAAAGUUUUCUUUGUACCUAGCUGAUUUAAGGAGCAGGAACUCAGUUUCAUCUAUACCCCCAGUAAAACGUCUAAAGAUGCAGAUGUUAAGUCAAGCUGAAAAUGUGGAUCUCAAACAAUUUGUUUUUACACCUAAGUCUUUAUUGCCAGCCUUGCCAAGGUCUAGCAAUAAACUGUCAUCUUCAUCACCUUCAGUGGAUCAGGCAGAUAAUAAUAAUACCUUAGAAGUAGCUCAGCAACAACUACAAUCCUGGAAUUGUGGAAAGAAUAAAAGCAGAUACUGCUUUUCAGAUGCUUUGAAUGUGGACUUUGAACUGAGAGAUGACAUUUGGGAUGAUAUUGAUGAUGAUAAAUUAGUAUUUGCCAGUAAUUUUGUCAAUAGAGAAUUAGAACAUGGAAAUACCUGCCUUCAAAGUGCAGAUGAAUGUCAACCCCUCUGCGGGUAUACAACAAGCAAAGCCACAAAUAACAUUUCAAAAGUUUCAUGCACAGUACAAGAUGAGACCAAUAGUCAGAACUCAGAUGUUUCUGUGGUCAACAGCACAUCAAAAGUGAAUUUCUCUGUACAGAACAGAGAUUUAACUUUGUUCAGUUUUCAUGAAAAAACACAUUCAAGUCCUUCUCAAGAGCAAAAAAAUGUACAGAGUUCUUCCAUCCCAGAAAUAAUCUCAGACUCUUCUAAAUUCACUAGGAAAGAAGAUUUUUUUAUUUUCACAAAAGAACAGGAAAAAGAAGUAGAUCCUAGAUUUCUUCUUGAUGAUGAAACCAAUGAUGUCAGGCCCUUUAUUGGAAUAUUUGAUGGUAUUUUGUAAAACAUGUAAACAAAAUACAUUGUAAGUGCUGGGGAAAGAACUUACAGUCAAUUUUACAGUGAAGGCUUCCGUCAAGAGAAUUUGAUUUCUGUUCUAUACCUGUUCAUUAAUAGCUGGAUUGCUGCAUAGAAUAUGUAAUAAAUUAGACACCAGUUUUGUUGUAGAAUUUAUAGAAUAUAAGAAUAAUACCUUGUUUUACAAGUAUUAAAAGUACUUUUUGUUUACCUUGCUGUUUUCAGGAUUAUAAAGAAAAAUAUUGAAAGCUGUCAAAGGAGAAUAGUUCAUAAUUUGAGAGUACUAUUAUAGAUAAGAGAAAAUCCCACUGGAGAAAGUAAAGGAUUAAGAGUUUGUAGUAACAUGUCCUGCUUCUCAAAUAAUCUUUAAGUGAAUGAAAGACUAUUUCCUUGGAAAUUUUUUAUGUUUUUUAGGUUUUUCUUUCAGUUUCUCUAAAGGUGAAUUUUUCAUAGUGCUGAUUCUAUAAAAUAAUUAGAUUUAUAAAUAGAAGCAAUAGAAUGAUAGACUAUCCUAGAUUCUAGAUAUUCCUUUUGACAGUGCUAUGAAUGUUUUAAUAAAAAAGUGCAACUUAAGCAGGUAUGUUUCUAGAUUCUCAGCAAACCAGUUGUUAAAUGUCUGUAAAAAUACUCUAAAACGCUCUUGCCUGCUCAGUUUCAUACCCAAGGUCAUAAAAUGAACAUUCAUGUGUCGUAAUAUAGAUUUAGGCACCAGGCAUUAGAUUUGGAUAUCUUUUUGUAGCUUUAGUGUUUGAGUAGUAGACCUUGCAAGUUCAGCAGUUAGUAGAAUAUAUGAUAUUGUCUAAAAUCCAAGAGAAUGUUAAUUUUUACUGUUAAUUAUUCAAAAUGUGAGGAAUUAAAAUGUUACAAUCACAUGUGGAA